AUUUUUCAGAAUUAAAUUUGCCAUUUCUUGCCCAACUUUUCUCAUCGCAUUUGAGAAUUUUGUUCUGGAGAAAAUUUGAUGAAAUUGGUGAAUUUUGUCAAAAUACGUCAAAUUAAAUCGAAACUUAAUACAAAAUUGUGACCAUCUGACAAAAUAAAUCCAGGCUAAAUCCGAAACAAAAUUCACCAAUUCCUUACAAAGAACGAAUUUGAGGAAAUGAUUCUCGGGCAAUGCUUAAUCAUUAAAAUAAUCGAUGAUGAACAAUAUAUAUUUUCUUCCAUCCAUUAUGGAAAUCGCUACUUACUACGAUUAUUAUUACUUACUACGUCUAUUAUUACUUACUACGAUUAUCAUUACUUACUACGAUUAUUAUUAUUUACUACGAUUAUUAUUACUUACUACGAUUAUCAUUACUUACUACGAUUAUUAUUACUUACUACGAUUAUCAUUACUUACUACGAUUAUCAUUACUUACUACAAUUAUCAUUACUUACUACGAUUAUCAUUACUUACUACGAUUAUCAUUACUUACUACGACUAUCAUUACUUACUACGACUAUCAUUACUUACUACGACUAUCAUUACUUACUACGAUUAUUAUUACUUACUACGAUUAUUAUUACUUACUACGACUAUCAUUACUUACUACGAUUAUCAUUACUUACUACGAUUAUUAUUACUUACUACGAUUAUCAUUACUUACUACGAUUAUUAUUACUUACUACGACUAUCAUUACUUACUACGAUUAUUAUUACUUACUACGAUUAUUAUUACUUACUACGAUUAUCAUUACUUACUACGAUUAUUAUUACUUACUACGACUAUCAUUACUUACUACGAUUAUUACUACUUACUACGACUAUCAUUACUUACUACGAUUAUUAUUACUUACUACGAUUAUUAUUACUUACUACGAUUAUCAUUACUUACUACGAUUAUUAUUACUUACUACGACUAUCAUUACUUACUACGACUAUCAUUACUUACUACGAUUAUUAUUACUUACUACGAUUAUUAUUACUUACUACGACUAUCAUUACUUACUACGAUUAUUAUUACUUACUACGACUAUCAUUACUUACUACGAUUAUUAUUACUUACUACGAUUAUUAUUACUUACUACGACUAUCAUUACUUACUACGAUUAUUACUACUUACUACGAUUAUCAUUACUUACUACGAUUAUUAUUACUUACUACGAUUAUCAUUACUUACUACGAUUAUUACUACUUACUACGAUUAUUAUUACUUACUACGAUUAUUAUUACUUACUACGGUUAUUAUUACUUACUACGAUUAUUAUUACUUACUACGAUUAUCAUUACUUACUACGAUUAUUACAACUACGUUAACCAACGACAAAACUCAACUUCAUUAAAUCUACUUUAUUGUUAAAAUUGAGAUACCUUACCUCAAUUUCUGCGCGCGCAGGAAAAACACGGCACUAUGAUUGAGUGUAUUAGAACGUUUUACAACAGGUGCGAUCGAACAUUGUUUUGUUCGAAAGUGGAUGGUUUCCACAUGCUUCAUACUCUUCAGUUUUGGUUGGCGUUUUCGAAUUUUCAAAAAACUAUACGGUUUCCACAUGCUUCUUUUGUACACACAGCAGAAUUCUAUUAUAUCUCACCAGUUCACUUGGUCCCUCAGUAUCGUUUGAAAUAUUUUCAGCUUUUCAUACCUUGCAGUCACUUGUAGUCCUCCGUUGUCACUUGUGGUCACUCGUGUUCACUCGUGGUCAAUCAUGGCCACUCGUGGUGUUAGUCCUGGUCACUCAUGGUCACUCGUGGUCACUUGUGGUCACUCGUGGUCACUCGUGGUCACUCGUGGUCACUCGUGGUCACUUGUGGUCACUCGUGGUCACUCGUGGUCACUUGUGGUCACUCGUGGUCACUUGUGGUCACUAGUGGUCACUCGUGUGUUUUUAAUUUAAUUUAUCAACUCCAUUCAAAAUAUUCUCCACAGCUUCUAGUUAUCAAAGGUUUUAUUGAAAAGGUGAAUUGGUUCAGAGCUUUAGAGACAGCAUUUGAAACAUCCGAAGCAAUAAAUUAGAAGCACGAUUCAAAAAAUCGGCCUUACCAUAAUAAAAUUGUGCGAUAGCAUACGCUUAUCUCAGUUCAAACGACCACGGAUCAACAUAUUUAUUUUCGGUUAUUGCGAAAUUGCCCUGAAAAAAGUCAACCAAUCAAAAUGAUGCAGUCGGAAUGUGACUGCAGACUCGACCUGUCUCUCUUCUUUGUGAGAAUGUACUAAAAAAAGCAGGGUAAAAAAAGCGGGACAACAAACAACAAAGAGCGCGAGAGCAGGGAAGAGUGACAUGUAUCCUUUCUAGAGGGCUUUAAUGGUAAGCUUUAAUGUAUUUCUUUAUUCUGUACAAACUAAUAAUAGCCGUAUUCCGUCUGUCUCUCCCUGCGCAACAUGGCGCCGCAAUUAGCGAGACCCGCGAAAAAUCCCGACGGCCCUGCUUCUUUAUUUUAGAUUCCGCCAGACCCCGUUUUUUUAUGAGCCUUUUUUUGACCACUCACGCGUAAUAGACCAAUCACUAGACUCUAUUUUCACUAAUAACAAAUCCAACCUCUUCGCGGUUCUCAACAUGCCCACGGAGGAAACAUGCUAUGCUUGCGAAGGGUAUUUUUGUUUGGAAGUGAUGUUUGAAAUUUGUAGGUCUCUUUUUAAUCCUUUUUUCUUCUGAGUACUUUGUUUCCUAUUCUUUCUUAGGAUUAUUUAGUUUCUGUAUGUUUUCACAUGUUAAGGUGAAUAUUUCAUCACGUUUUCUAGCUACGUAUAAAUCUUAAACACACCAAUUUUAAGUUUUUUGCUAGCUACGAAACAUAGAUUUAGAGGCAGCUAGCUAUUCUUGCAGUCGGGUACGCGUCAUAAUACUGGUUGAACCAAUCGCGGGCCAGUAUUCAGAUUAAGCAGCCAUUAUGAAAUGAUAGAAAAAUACCGUAAUCAUAAUGCUUUUGUGGUGAAACCUUAAUAAAUACAAUACUGGAUUUUUCGAGGAAUUCUUCUUUUUUUUAAUCAAAUUUUUAAUAUGUUUUAGAUAUUGCUUUAUCUUUGCCAUUUUGCGACAUUUUAACGCCGUUCUGCUUGAAACUCUAUUCUGCACUAUAGCCGUGCUCAUUUAAACUUUGUAAUCUUUUAUUAAACUGACACAUCAGGAUUUUCUUAUCCUUUUUCAAAAACAAUCUAAAACAUAUAACCUUAAAAUUUCUACGUCAAUUUGUAAUUAAAAUUAACAUACUUCAUACUUUACUAUGGCGACUGAAAGCUGCUAUCCAAAAAGAAAAAAAAAAUCAGAAGCAAAAAGAAACAAUCCAUGUAUUUACUGAAAAGCUUUCGGGGGAAUACUGCACCGGAUGAUCACGUCUCUACAAGCAUGGCUCAAAAUUACAAGGUUUUAUAUAAAGUUGAUAAAUAAAAACAAUAGA